CUCGCCGGAGGACGAGCGGCGCGCCGUGGAGUUCACGCAGUGCCGGCUCCAGUUCAACCACGGCUGGUUCGUGCAGGCGGAGGCCCCUCCCGGGGCCAUCUUCACCAGCUUCAAGGAGGUGCUCCGGGAGAGGGGCGCGCACGGCCGCAUCAACAAGGAGGACCUGGCCCUCUACUUCGUGCACUGGCUCACGGACCUCGCAGGUGCCGAGCCCACGCCGCUCGGCGGGUGCGAGAAGUUCGUCGUGAAGUUCCCGCUCAUGGUGCUGAACAGCUUCCUGCGAUCUUUCGAGUUCGUGGAGCGUAUCGUGGACGAGACCGAGACGCAGGUGGUCGAGGAGUAUCUCAAAAUGAGAUGGCGCGAGAACACGCCUUCGCCGGGGCCGCUGCCAACUGGCGACGCGGGGGUCGCUAAGAUGCGCCUGCUGUGCAUGGCGCAGAUGAGCGCAGGCCUCGUGCUGCGAGGGUUCGACGAGGUUAGCUCGGACGACCAGGAGGUCCUCGGCUACGAGAUGGCCCUCACUGGAUGCGUCGGCCAGUCCUACAGCGCGGAUGUGUGCCCGAAGGA